AGCAAAACGACCUGGAUUACAGUCAUAUCUUUCUUCUUCCUAGGUCUACAACCCAUGAACAGGUCAGCAACACACCUGGUGACGGAGUUUGUUCUCCUGGGAUUCCCAGGCUGCUGGGAGACUCAGGUUUUCCUUUUCUCGUUGUUUCUGGUGGUUUAUGUUUUGACCCUGCUGGGGAAUGGAGCCAUCAUCUGUGCAGUGAGAUGGGACCCACGUCUCCACACCCCUAUGUACUUUCUGCUGGGAAACUUUGCCUUCCUUGAGAUCUGGUAUGUUUCUUCCACCGUACCCAACAUGCUAGCCAACAUUCUCUCCACGACCAAGGCCAUCUCAUUUUCUGGUUGCUUCCUCCAGUUCUAUUUUUUCUUUUCCCUUGGCACUACCGAAUGUCUCUUCUUGGCAGUCAUGGCUUACGAUCGGUACUUAGCCAUCUGCCGCCCAUUGCACUACCCCACUAUCAUGACUGGGCAGCUAUGUGGCAUGCUUGUGUCUCUCUGCUGGCUCACUGGAUUCCUUGGCUACUCAAUUCCAAUUUUCUUUAUCUCCCAACUUCCCUUCUGUGGCCCCAAUAUUAUUGAUCACUUCCUAUGCGACAUGGACCCACUCAUGGCUCUGUCCUGUGCUCCAGCACCCGUUAUUGAAUUUAUUUUCUACACUCAGAGCUCCUUGGUCCUCUUCUUCACUGUCAUGUAUAUUCUUCGAUCCUAUACUCUGCUGCUCAGAGCUGUUUUUCAGGUCCCUUCGGCCGCUGGCCGGCGAAAGGCCUUCUCCACAUGUGGUUCUCAUUUAGUUGUAGUGUCUCUUUUCUAUGGGACAGUCAUGGUAAUGUAUGUGAGUCCUACCUAUGGCAUCCCAACUUUGAUGCAGAAAAUCCUCACACUGGUAUAUUCAGUAGUGACACCCCUCUUUAAUCCCCUGAUCUAUAGUCUCCGUAAUAAAGACAUGAAAUUUGCCCUGAGAAAUGUCCUGUGUAGAAUCAAAGUAAGUCAAAACUCAUGA